GGUUGGAAAGUGGACCAGGUUUCUGGUCCCACAGCUCUGCACACUGCGACUAAUGGGAGAUUAAGAAAAUUGUCUUCUCUGCUUUCCGGACAGCUUGCUCUCUGGUUGUGACUGUGCCCAUGAGCGGGUUAAAUAGAAGAGGGAGAAGCGGAAAAUCAUCAUUUGAGUGUCAGAGGAGAAAAGAAACCCAAGAAGUUCAUCUAGAAGACCAGUUUACAGUCGUGGGGCCAGCUGAUCCAAUCCUGGCCAUGGUUGGAGGAAACAGCAUGUUACACUGUCACCUGUCACCUGAGAAAAGUGCUGAGGACAUGGAGGUGCGGUGGUUCCGCUCUCAGUUCUCCCCCGCAGUGCUUGUGUAUAAGGGCGGGCGAGAGAGGACAGAGGAGCAGAUGAAGGAGUACCGAGGAAGAACAACCUUUGUGAAAGAGGAGAUCAGCAAGGGGAGCGUGGCACUGAUCAUCCACAACGUCACAGCCCACGAAAACGGCAUCUACCACUGUUAUUUCCAAGAAGGCAAAUCCUACAAUGAGGCCACCAUGCGCCUGAUGGUGGCAGGCCUGGGCUCUAUACCCAUCAUUGAAAUGGAGAUCCACGAGGAUGGGGGCAUCUGGCUGGAGUGUACAUCUGUAGGGUGGUACCCAGAGCCCCAGGUGGUUUGGAGGGACCCCCAUGGUAAGAUUAUGCCUGCCCUGGAGGAGACUUACACUAUGGAUGCAGACAGCCUCUUCAUGGUCACCACAGCUGUGAGCAUCAGGGACCGCUCUGUGAGGAAUGUGUCCUGCUCCAUCAACAACACCCUGCUUGGCCAGGAGAAGGAAACUGUGAUUUUCAUUCCAGAAUCAUUUAUUCCCACCACAUCUCCCUGGAUGGUGGUCCUGGUUGUCAUCCUGCCUACUUUGCUCCUCCUCAUCUCCGGGAGCAUCUGUCUUAUCAACAAAUUCCACAGGAAAAAGAUUCUCUCAGGGGAAAAGGAGGUUGAAAAUGAAGAGAAAGAAAUUGCACAGCAACUUCAAGAGGAAUUGCGAUGGAGAAGAACCCUUUUACAUGCUGCUGAUGUGGUCCUGGACCCAGACACCGCUCAUCCUGAGCUCUUCCUGUCAGAAGACCGGAGAAGCGUGAGACGGGGCCCCUUCAGGCAGAGCGUGCCUGACAACCCAGAGAGAUUUGACUGUCGGCCUUGUGUCCUGGGCCUGGAGAGCUUCUCCUCAGGGAGACAUUACUGGGAAGUGAAAGUUGAAAACGUGAUGGUGUGGGCGGUGGGGGUUUGUAGAGACAAUGUUGAGAGGAAAGGGGAGGCCCUCCUGGUUCCUCAGAAUGGCUUCUGGACAUUUGAGAUGUUUGGAAACCAGUACCGGGCCCUGUCCUCUCCCGAGAAGAUUCUCCCCGUGAAAGAGCGCCUUCGCCAGGUGGGCAUCUUCCUGGACUAUGAAGCUGGAGAUGUCUCCUUCUAUAACAUGAGGGACAGAUCACACAUCUACACAUGUCCCCGUUCAACCUUCUCUGGGCCCCUGAGACCCUUCUUCAGGCUGGGGUCUGAUGACAGCCCCCUCUUCAUCUGCCCAGCGUUCACAGGGGCCCAGGGGGUCAUGGUGCCUGAGGGCGGCCUGAUCCUUCACAGGGCGGGGACCCACCGCAGCCAGCAGGACCAAUUCCCUGGCCUCAGAGCCAAGUAGAGAAGCUCUGGCCAUCUCUAAUACCACAGCGUAGCACGCCAUGGAGGAAAAGGGCCCUCCUUCCCUCUGGUCACAUAAGAGAACCUCCUCCAGAGUACCAUUUGACACCCUCUUCAGGCCCCAGCCCCAUCUCUCCCUCAUUAGGCUGUUGCUUAGUAACUUAUAUACUUGUAACCAUGGGGCUGGGUCCAGUCUCAGGAAACUUGUGCUGCCACAUAACUCCCAACCAAGAAGAAAGUGUGAGAAAGUGACAGGCAGAAAACCUGCUACUUUAACAUCAGAGUGACACAUUCAGCCUGAUACUCCAGUUGACAU